CUCCCAUUAUCCAGCCAAACUUCUGCGGCUUUUUGUCUCCACUGGACUGCCACCAUCUCUUCUUCCCGGUGGCCCCCGAGUCACCUCCACCCACACCAUCUGUCUCUUCUCCACCAUCUCCGUCUCUUGACUCCUGAGGUGGUGGCAAGCUCCCCGCAGCUCCACUUCUGUCCCUCAGGUAGUCCAGAGAGGGUCUGGCCUUCCCUCCUCCUCCUCCCUCCUCCUCACCGUCUCGAUAGUACAUCGUCAUGGGGACGGCCUCCGAGGUGUCGUAGCCGAGACUGGUGAC